CUUCUUCUUCUUCUCCUCCCCCUCUUCUUCCACCUCCGCCUCUCUCUCUCCUCUCUCGGUUUUUUUUCCUCUAUUCUUGGUGAGGGGCGCGUUGGACGAGGAGACCUCCAUGUAUGAUAAUUUGUACCUGCAUGGCUUUGAAGACUCGGAGGCGGGCUCAGCGGAUUCCUACACUAGCAGACCGUCGGACUCUGAUGUGUCGCUGGAGGAGGAGAAGCCGGAGUCGGGAGGGAGCCAGGGUCGCCAGGAGAGGGAACAGCAGGCCGCCACACAGCUGGAGAGGGCAAAGACCAAAGCGGUUGCCUUCGCUGUGAAGACCAAUGUCAGCUACUGUGGGGCACUGGACGAGGACGUGCCGGUGCCCGGGACGGCCAUCUCUUUCGAUACCAAGGACUUCCUGCACAUAAAAGAGAAGUACAGCAAUGACUGGUGGAUCGGGCGCCUGGUGAAGGAGGGCUGUGACAUCGGCUUCAUCCCCAGCCCUCUGAAGCUGGAGAACCUCCGCACGCAGCAGGAGCAGAAGAAGAGCCGCAUCCAAGGAAAGCAGAAGCAGAAAGUGACGGAGCACGUGGCUCCCUAUGACGUGGUCCCCUCCAUGAGGCCGGUGGUCCUGGUUGGCCCCUCCCUAAAAGGCUAUGAGGUGACGGACAUGAUGCAGAAAGCUCUCUUUGACUUCCUGAAACAUCGCUUUGAUGGCAGGAUAUCUAUCACGCGCGUGACGGCAGACAUCUCUCUGGCCAAGAGGUCCGUGCUCAACAACCCCAGCAAGAGGGCCAUCAUAGAGCGCUCCAACACCAGAUCCAGCCUGGCGGAGGUGCAGAGUGAGAUCGAGCGCAUCUUUGAGCUGGCACGCUCACUGCAGCUGGUGAUCCUGGAUGCAGACACCAUCAACCACCCGGCCCAGCUGCUGAAGACCUCCCUCGCCCCCAUCAUCGUACACGUCAAAGUGUCCUCGCCAAAGGUCCUGCAGAGGCUCAUUAAGUCCAGGGGGAAAUCUCAGAGCAAACACCUAAAUGUCCAGCUGGUGGCAGCAGAUAAGCUGGCCCAGUGUCCUCCGGAGAUGUUUGACAUCAUCCUGGAUGAGAACCAGCUGGAGGACGCGUGUGAGCACCUGGCCGAGUACCUGGAGGCGUACUGGAAGGCCACACACACCUCCAGCAGCACCCCGCUCAACCCCCUGCUGGGGCGCAACCUGGGCCCCACCGCCCUCGCCCCGUUCCCAGCCACCAUCUCCGGCCUGCAGCAGGGUCAGCAGCAGCAGCAGCAGCAGCGGACGCGGCACAGUAACCACAGCAACCACAGCGCCACCGACCACUCCACGGCCAACGAGCGGCGCAACCUGAUGACGGCGGACGAGAACUACCACAACGAGCGCGCCCACAAGGGCACCCGCGGCACGCGCGCCGGCCACCCCCAGCAGCAGCAGCAGCAGCAGCACGCCCGCGACCCCUACGCCCUCGCCGAGCAGGGCUACCAGGACCCCUACGCCCAGGACCCCUACCAGGACACCUACAAGCCCCACCGCAACCGCGGCUCCCCCGGGGGCUACAGCCAGGACUCCAGGCACCGCCUCUGA